CACAACAUGAGUGUCCUGGAGCGUGUAGCUGCACAUCGAGUCAGGAAAGCUACCCUGCUCUUUGUCAUCUUUCUCAUGGUGCAAGUGUAUGUGGAGGAGGUGGUGGGUGCACUGGGGACUCAGGGUUGCCCCCCUAUCUGCUCCUGCAGUAACCAGCUCAGCAAGGUGGUGUGUACCCGUCGUGGCCUCACUCAUGUGCCCCCUGGCAUUCCUGCCAACACAAGACACCUCAAUCUAAUGGAGAAUGUCAUUGAGGCAGUGCAGGCUGACUCCUUUCGCCAUCUCAAUCACCUGGAGGUGCUCCAGUUAGGACGCAAUGCCAUCAGAGAGAUCGAAGUGGGAGCUUUCAAUGGGCUGACCAAUCUGAACACCCUGGAGCUCUUUGAUAACCGGCUGACUGUGGUACCUAGUGGGGCCUUUGAAUAUCUGUCUAAGCUGAGGGAACUGUGGCUCAGAAAUAACCCCAUUGAAAGCAUCCCAUCUUAUGCCUUCAAUCGUGUGCCCUCUCUAAUGCGACUUGACCUGGGCGAGCUGCGAAAGCUUCAAUAUAUUUCUGAUGGGGCCUUUGAAGGUCUGGUCAACCUUAAGUACCUCAAUUUGGGUAUGUGCAACAUCAAAGGGGAGAUUCCCUACUUGAACUCACUGCUCGUGCUGGAGGAGUUGGAGAUCUCCGAGAACAUUUUCCCUGUGAUCAAACCCAGCUACUUCAGAGGACUGACUUCACUUAAAAAGCUAUGGAUCAUGAACUCUAACAUAGGACUAAUUGAACGUAAUGCAUUUGAUGACCUGUCAUCACUGGUAGACCUAAACCUAGCCCACAACAACCUGAGCUCUCUACCCUUCGACCUCUUUUCCCCACUGAGGUACCUGAUGGAACUGCACCUCCAUCAUAAUCCCUGGAACUGCGACUGUGACUCACUGUGGUUAGCACGGUGGCUGCAUCAGUACAUCCGUACAAACUCAACCUGCUGUGGCAGAUGCCAUUCACCGGCACACAUGAGAGGUCGUCAGCUGGUGGAUGUAGCCCAAGGAGACACAGAUGCAAUGCAGUGUUCUGCGCCCUUCAUUUCUGAUGCUCCAAGAGACCUCAAUAUUUCAGCUGAUCGAGUAGCAGAGUUUCGAUGUAGAACAGCAUCUAUGUCAUCAGUGCAGUGGUUUUUACCAAAUGGUACUAUACUGACACAUGCAACCAACCACCCACGCAUAACCGUGGUUAAGGAUGGGACUCUAAACUUCUCAAAUGUGCUGGUGGGUGACACAGGCAUGUACACCUGUAUGGUGUCCAAUGCAGCUGGAAAAUCCAAUGCUUCAGCUUAUUUAAAUGUGAGUGCAGCAGAGCUCAACACAUCCAACCUCAGCUACUUCAACACAGUUACAGUAAAAGUUCUCGACCCAAUGUCCAACAUACCCAAACCCCGGACCACUACAGAAGCAAAUCAACGCACCACAACUACUACUUCGCCUUCAGCCUUUCAACCAGUUUUCAUCUCGACACCAACAGUCAUCCUCCAAAGCACUGACAUACCACCAAGCCGCCUGCCAGCCAUGCCCACGUCAAAAUUGACAACGGGGAAGCCAUCCAGACCCGCCAGUACCAGCCUGGAUGAGGUGAUGAAGACUACGAAGAUCAUUAUUGGGUGCUUUCUGGCAGUAACACUACUAGCAGCAGUCAUGCUAAUUGUGUUCUAUAAACUGCGGAAGCGACAUCAACAAAGGAGCACAGUUUCAGCAGCAAGGACUGUAGAGAUUAUUCAUGUCGAUAAGGAGGACCUACCACCACCUGCAUCUGCUGCCUGUAUGUCAGGGGAUGGGGCAGUGAAACUACCAGUGAUAAGAGACCAUAACAGCAUUCAGAAAUUAGACUACAUCACCCACAAACUAGACUACAGCUACCAUACACCUCAACUCAAAUCAGAUUACAGCAUCCACAAACCCAAACCUCAUUUUAGCACCUCCAAAACCAAAUCGGACGACACCACGGACAUUCUGAAGACAGACUACACUAAACACAUGUCCAAAUUUGAUUACAACACACUUGCAAUAGUGGACUAUAGUUCUCACAAACCUCCUACAAACUACAUGCACAAGUCACUGCCUGAUUAUCACCUACACAAAAAAAAUGACCAGAGUCCUUACAAACCUGGAUAUAGCACUUAUAAGCCCGACUACAGAUCUCAAGCAGUCAAACUGGACUUCAGCCCUUUCAAAUCAGAUUACACCAUUCACAAACCCAAAAUGGACUACAGUACGCACAAGCCCAAAUCUGAUUACAUUCCUAACAAAUCUGGUAUCAACUACAGCCCCUUGAAGAUGGAUUGUAGUCAUUUUAAACCUGACUACGGUGUGUUUAAGCCACUCAAAGCGGAAUACUUUAGUCACAAACAAGACUUGAGUCCCCAAAAACCUGAAAUGGAUUUCAACCAGCAUGAGAUAAAAUAUAGCACUCAGAACUCGUACAAGCCUUGGGGACAUACAAACAAAUGGACAGAAAACUGCAGCACUGGAAACUCUCUUCCACGAACUUUAUCCAGUAUCAGCACUAUGCCUGAGCCCUUCAUCAUAAAAACACAUAACAAGGAGAAAGUACAAGAGACUCAAAUCUAGCACUCAUCUAAAAGAACACUUCCCCUCAAAACACACACACAAACACACACAUGGGGUGAGUUCUUUUAGAGAGAGAGGGCGAGAGAGAGAGUGUGGGAAAACCCGUGAAGUGUUGGCAAACAGACAAAAAAAAAGAAAAAAAAAAAAAAAAAAGAGGACAUUUACCAAAACUGAGCUUUUCUGCCCAUUAUAUUAUAUGUAUAAAAAAUGUGGAUAUAUUUUUAUGUACUCUCGAACAUUGCCUUGGCUCUGAGCCUGCAGAGAUCAGUCUAAUAAACACACUUCCGUCAGUCCUACCCAAGUGUGAUUUCCUCACAAAGUGAACGUCAUAUUUUGAUUAAACUGUUGGACAGUUACGUUCCAUAAUGAAACGGACUCACGCCUAUUCAAUUCAUAAACAGUGCUGUCAAAGUGUGUGCAAUACACCUGGGCCAUGACACCAGAAAAAAGCGCUUAUUCACUUUACAUAAUGAAAAUAUGGGAAAUUUAGACAAUCAGCGAUUAUGUUCCUACCGAUAUAAAAGCAGGCAGUUGACGGUGAGGUGCUGAUUAGGCUUGUGUUUAAAUGCUAUGAGUGAUGUUUGCCCCAAGUGAUGACAGAAACACUGAUGUGGAUGAUGAUGACUAAACUUAUUACUCAAUUCUCAUCUCAAAAUUUGAUAUUUGGAUAGUGUCACUACUCUUGUAUCGUCCCCCCCCCCCCCCAAAUGCAGAGGUAGGUAAGGUGCUUGCUAAUGCUUGUGUGCUCAGGAUGAUAAUAUUAAAUCAGGUUAAGAUAAUUUCAAAUGAGAUUAUAUAGAGAGGAGUUCCCGAGGACUCUUAAAAUAGUUUCAAAUAUUAUUUUCCAUUCUUAGGUAAAAUACAGAUUAUUAUUAUUAUUAUUAUUAUUAUUAUUAUUAAACAUUGAACAGCUUCUGUAUGGGCUGGACUUCUAUGAAUAAAAACUGCUAUGUAGAUAGACCUAGUAUUCAUUGUCAUAUUUACAAUUUGUACAUCUCAUUUACUACAUUUCAUUUAAACAAAAUGAAUACAUGACGGUUGCUUUUAGAUAAUUAGCGUGUUUAUGGAUUUCAGUGGAAACAAACAUCAGUUCAGGAAAAGCUGUACAUUUCAGAAUUUCACCAUGUGAAGAAGGAUUUUCCUAUGACACCACCCCCCCCACAUACACAAACACGUACACGUCUUUGUACAACAAUAAAAAGUUGUUCAGAACUAUUUUCUACCUUGUAAUGUCUAUUUAAAGAGGAGUUGUUUAAAAUGCUGCCCUGAAUUUAAGAAAUGAGGGUAGUGUUUUCACAGGACAUUCUGUGCAAUUUCUAAUCCACACUAUAGAGAAUGCAGUAAAACAAAAUAAAUAAAAAGUAUUGAAAUUAUUUAUAUUGAUAAGUUUUUCUUGAAGAGAAAAAAGACUUAAGUUGAUCUUUAAAGAUUUAUCUUGUAAGCACCAUGAAUUUGUACUGUGCCAAAUGUCGUAAAUGCAAUAAAAAAAAAUAUUUUUCCCCUUUACUAUGCACCUUUUUCAUGAUGUCUAAAUUGUCCCAUGAUCUGUGAUGGAAGUCAGUUAGUCUUUUUAAAUAUCACUUGACCAAGGUAGAAACUUGAGUGUGCGUGUAUAUGGGUUUUUAAGGUAACCACCCAGACAAACAGUUGCUGCUCGUUCGGUUUUAGUUAAGA